GACUCAUUGUCUGCAAGGAGAAAAUGCAAGAAAGACAAAAGAUUUUACUCAUCAAUACUCACUGACAAUAAUACUUUGCCGACGUCGGCGUCAUAUGGAAACCAGGCUUAAGAGUUUCAAGGCGAUAUAAUGCCUUGAUAAUAUUGUAUAUUUCGCACAGCUGGGACAAAAUUCGUUCGGCUAACUACACUCUACUGUGGUAUAUUUCGCUUUUGCAAUUGUGUAUUAGUGACUACACUGUUGGACACGUGGAGUAUCGUGGAUUAACCAUCAAUAUAGUGAAUAUACUGUGUUGUAAAUCACUGCAAUCAGACUAAUAUAAAGAAAUGGCUGAAUCUUCAGAGUCUUGUGGUUCACAUGAGAAUGAAUGUAACAAAGUCCUGACAGAGCAUCGCAAAUCAUUGAUAAACUGUCCUCACCCCGACACAGAUUCGGUGAAAAUCUACAAAAGACGAUGGUACAUUCUACUAAUGUACUGUCUGAUAGCCAUUUUACAAAAUAUCAUGUGGAAUACCUGGGGACCAAUUCAAGCGACAGCGAGAGCAGUUUAUGAUUGGGAUGAUUACGUCAUUGAUUUAAUGGCUGCUUGGGGGUGCAUUACAUUCUGUAUCGCAAUGAUACCGUUUGCUUGGAUCAUGGAUGUGAAAGGUCUACGAUUAACAAUGAUUCUCGCAGCUGGAUUGCAAUUCCUUGGCUCCGCGUUGAGAUGCAUUCCAACUGACAGCACACUAGCACACAAUUCAUCAUCUGUCUCGCUGGUGGCAUGUCCCCAGCUGCCCUCAUAUCUUCAACCUGGUUUCCUCCAAACCAACGCACGACUUCAACGGCGAUCUCUACCGUUGCUAGUUACAUUGGGACCGCGCUAG